GAUGCCCCAGGAGAAACCACCCUAGUAGUUCCGCUCCGAGGGCGGAAGUGCGCGUCUCUGUCUGUGCGGCUGACCAGUUAGCGACAUGGUGGCACCCGUGCUGGAGACUUCUCACGUGUUUUGCUGCCCAAACCGGGUGCGGGGAGUCCUGAACUGGAGCUCUGGGCCCAGAGGACUUCUGGCCUUUGGCACGUCCUGCUCCGUGGUGCUGUAUGACCCCCUGAAAAGGGUUGUUGUUACCAACUUGAAUGGUCACACCGCCCGAGUCAAUUGCAUACAGUGGAUUUGUAAACAGGAUGGCUCCCCUUCUACUGAAUUAGUUUCUGGAGGAUCUGAUAAUCAAGUGAUUCACUGGGAAAUAGAGGAUAAUCAGCUUUUAAAAGCAGUCCAUCUUCAAGGCCACGAAGGACCUGUUUAUGCGGUGCAUGCUGUUUACCAGAGGACGACAUCAGAUCCUGCAUUAUGUACACUGAUCGUUUCUGCUGCUGCAGAUUCUGCUGUUCGACUCUGGUCUAAAAAGGGUUCAGAAGUAACGUGCCUUCAGACUUUAAACUUUGGAAAUGGAUUUGCUUUGGCUCUCUGCUUGUCUUUUUUGCCAAAUACUGAUGUACCAAUAUUAGCAUGUGGCGAUGAUGAUUGCAGAAUUCACAUAUUUGCUCAACAAAAUGAUCAGUUUCAGAAAGUGCUUUCUCUCUGUGGACAUGAGGAUUGGAUUAGAGGAGUGGAAUGGGCAGCCUUUGGUAGAGAUCUUUUCCUAGCAAGCUGUUCACAAGAUUGCCUGAUAAGAGUAUGGAAGCUGUAUAUAAAGUCAACAUCUUUAGAAACUCAGGAUGACGAUAACAUAAGACUGAAAGAAAAUACUUUUACCAUAGAAAAUGAAAGUGUUAAAAUAGCAUUUGCUGUUACUCUGGAGACAGUGCUAGCCGGUCAUGAAAACUGGGUAAAUGCAGUUCACUGGCAACCUGUGUUUUACAAAGAUGGUGUUCUACAGCAGCCAAUGAGAUUAUUGUCUGCUUCCAUGGAUAAAACCAUGAUUCUCUGGGCUCCAGAUGAAGAGUCAGGAGUUUGGCUAGAACAGGUUCGAGUAGGUGAAGUAGGUGGGAAUACUUUGGGAUUUUAUGAUUGCCAGUUCAAUGAAGAUGGCUCCAUGAUCAUUGCUCAUGCUUUCCACGGAGCGUUGCACCUUUGGAAACAGAAUACAGUUAACCCAAGAGAGUGGACUCCAGAAAUUGUCAUUUCAGGACACUUUCAUGGUGUCCAAGACCUAGUCUGGGAUCCAGAAGGAGAAUUUAUUAUCACUGUUGGUACGGAUCAGACAACUAGACUUUUUGCUCCAUGGAAGAGAAAAGACCAAUCACAGGUGACUUGGCAUGAAAUUGCAAGGCCUCAGAUACAUGGGUAUGACCUGAAAUGUUUGGCAAUGAUUAAUCGGUUUCAGUUUGUAUCUGGAGCAGAUGAAAAAGUUCUUCGGGUUUUUUCUGCACCUCGGAAUUUUGUGGAAAAUUUUUGUGCCAUUACAGGACAAUCACUGAAUCACGUGCUUUGUAAUCAAGAUAGUGAUCUUCCAGAAGGAGCCACUGUCCCUGCGUUGGGAUUAUCAAAUAAAGCUGUCUUUCAGGGAGAUACAGCUUCUCAGCCUUCUGAUGAAGAGGAGCUGUUAACUAGUACUGGUUUUGAGUAUCAGCAGGUGGCCUUUCAGCCCUCCAUACUUACUGAGCCUCCCACUGAGGAUCAUCUUCUGCAGAAUACUUUGUGGCCUGAAGUUCAAAAACUAUAUGGGCAUGGUUAUGAAAUAUUUUGUGUUACUUGUAACAGUUCAAAGACUCUGCUUGCCUCAGCUUGUAAGGCAGCUAAGAAAGAGCAUGCAGCUAUCAUUCUUUGGAACACUACAUCUUGGAAACAGGUGCAGAAUUUAGUUUUCCACAGUUUGACAGUCACGCAGAUGGCCUUCUCACCUAAUGACAAGUUCUUACUAGCUGUUUCCAGAGAUCGAACCUGGUCAUUGUGGAAAAAGCAGGAUACAAUCUCACCUGAGUUCGAGCCAGUUUUUAGUCUUUUUGCCUUCACCAACAAAAUUACUUCUGUGCAUAGUAGAAUUAUUUGGUCUUGUGAUUGGAGUCCUGAUAGCAAGUAUUUCUUCACUGGGAGUCGAGACAAAAAGGUGGUUGUCUGGGGUGAGUGCGACUCCACUGAUGACUGUAUUGAGCACAACAUUGGCCCCUGCUCCUCAGUCCUGGACGUGGGUGGGGCUGUGACAGCUGUCAGCGUCUGCCCAGCGCUCCACCCUUCUCAACGAUAUGUGGUUGCAGUAGGAUUGGAGUGUGGAAAGAUUUGCUUAUAUACCUGGAAAAAGACUGAUCAAGUUCCAGAAAUAAAUGACUGGACCCACUGUGUAGAAACAAGUCAAAGCCAAAGUCAUACACUGGCUAUCAGAAAAUUAUGCUGGAGGAAUUGCAGUGGAAAAACUGAACAGAAGGAAGCAGAAGGUGCUGAGUGGUUACACUUUGCAAGCUGUGGUGAAGAUCACACUGUGAAGAUACACAGAGUCAAUAAAUGUGCACUGUAAUGGACUUAAUAACUACAUGCUUGCAGUCACUGGUGUCUUAAAAUAUUAUCAUGUAAACAGGUCAUCUUUACCUUCAUAACUGAA